UUUAGGCGCAAGGCGAGGGCAGAUCCUGUGAUGAAGAAACUCUAAAGACAGGAGGAGUAAAACUGCUGUUCUGCACAGUUAAUGUUCUUGCAUAGUCUUCAGCACGCUGGUGGUGGCUUGAGGCGGUGGCUCAUUAGAUCAGAAGAAGCUGUCUGACUUGUACCUGUGCGCCGUGUGCAGCUGAUCUCACCUGGGGAAGGAAAGUUGUGCCACUUUACACAGCCCUUUCUGUUCCUGAACUUGGAACCUGUAGCUUUCAGACGGUGUUGAUCUAAGGUGACAACAUGCUGAGGCAAGUUCUGUCGUUCAGCCGCUCCUUGGUGCGCAGGAAAGUGGUCGACAUGAACAGCCUGGAGGACUCCAAGCUGUGCCGCUGCCUGGGAACCGUAGACCUCAUUGCCCUGGGGGUGGGCAGCACCCUGGGGGCUGGUGUCUAUGUGUUAGCCGGAGAGGUGGCCAAGGGAAACUCUGGCCCUAGCAUCAUCAUCUCCUUCCUCAUCGCUGCCCUGGCCUCCGUCAUGGCCGGCCUAUGCUAUGCUGAGUUUGGGGCCCGUGUCCCUAAGACUGGCUCUGCUUAUCUCUACAGUUAUGUGACAGUAGGGGAGAUCUGGGCCUUCAUUACUGGCUGGAACUUAAUCCUCUCAUAUGUCAUUGGUACCUCCUCAGUUGCCAGAGCUUGGAGUGGCACAUUUGAUGAGAUGAUAGGAGGACACAUUGAGGUUUUCUGUAAAACAUACUUCAGCAUGAACUCUCCUGGUUUGGCUGCAUAUCCUGACUUCUUUGCUGUGUGCCUCAUUCUGCUGCUCUCUGGGCUCCUGUCUUUCGGAGUAAAGGAAUCAGCCUGGGUCAACAAGGUCUUCACUUCAAUCAAUGUGCUGGUGCUCUUGUUUGUCAUCAUUUCUGGCUUUGUCAAAGGAGAAACUUACAACUGGAAGAUAACUGAAGAAUCCCUUGUCAAUGUCACAAUAGUCACAAGGAACUUGUCGGUGACGGCCAAUGUGAGCAGUGAUUAUGGCGUCGGUGGCUUCAUGCCCUACGGAUUCAGCGGGACAUUAGCUGGAGCUGCCACCUGCUUCUAUGCUUUUGUUGGAUUUGACUGCAUUGCAACAACAGGAGAAGAAGUGAAGAACCCCCAGAGGGCCAUCCCCAUAGGCAUUGUGGUGUCACUGACUGUGUGUUUUCUGGCAUACUUUGGUGUCUCUGCUGCACUCACCCUGAUGAUGCCCUAUUAUCUGCUGGAUGAGAAGAGCCCACUGCCUAUGGCCUUUGAUUAUGUGGGCUGGGGGCCUGCCAAAUAUGUGGUUGCUGUGGGUUCACUAUGUGCCCUUUCUACAAGUCUGCUGGGCUCCAUUUUCCCCAUGCCUCGUGUAAUCUAUGCUAUGGCAGAGGAUGGGGUGCUUUUCAAAGCCUUAGCCCGAAUCAAUCCUAAGACGAAGACCCCAGUUAUUGCCACUAUGUGCUCCGGUGUAGUUGCAGCCAUCAUGGCCUUCUUGUUUGACCUUAAAGCCCUGGUCGACAUGAUGUCUAUUGGAACUCUGCUGGCCUACUCCCUGGUUGCUGUUUGUGUACUCCUUCUCAGGUACCAGCCAGAUGGAGCUCUGGAGCGGCAGCCAGGAAAAGGUGAGAAGAACUACAUAUCAUCUGAAGAGUCAGAGCUGAUAGAGUCAGAGUCCCACCUGAAUAUGCUGAAGGGUGGAGUAGCUACCCUUCAAACUGUCCUGCACCCUCCCCUCUCACCUUCUGAGAAGUCGUCCUCUGUGGUCAACAUGUCCAUUGGUGUUCUAGUGCUGAUAGUGUGUGUCAUCAGCUAUCUCACCACCUAUCAUUUUAAUUCAGUCAUUGGUUUAGAAGUGUGGAUUUUGGCGUUGCUGUCCGUGUGUCUCCUUAUCUUCAGCUUCUGCGUGUUCAUGGUCUGCAGGCAGCCUCAGACUACCAAGAAGGUCUCCUUCAUGGUACCCUUCCUGCCUUUCCUGCCUAUUCUGAGCAUAUUUGUUAAUAUUUAUCUCAUGGUUCAGCUGAGUGGAGACACCUGGAUACGUUUCUCUGUCUGGAUGGCUGCAGGCUUCUUGAUCUAUUUUGGUUAUGGCAUAUGGCACAGCACGGAGCGACAGCGCCAAUGUCAAGGUGGGCAGAGCAGCAGCAAAGCAAACCAGCAAAACAUGAAGACCACCCAGGACAAGCAGGUCGAGAUGAACGCGGCAGGGAAGGAGCAGGAGGGCUUCAUCAGCCUGGUUAAAACCAGCAAGUGUUAAAGUUUAUGAACUGUUUUACAGACUCCGAGAGGCAGCACAUGCAACAAAGCCCUCUGCGGCUUAAGCCUCGAUGCACCUGUACAUAUGGCUACAACAUGUGUGCAAAUUUCACUAGCACCUUCGGUCUACAUAUGCAGUGUCAGUAUUCUGUAUCAGUGGCCACAUGAUGAGGAAUUGCUUUGUCUUGGUGACUGGACCACAAAGCUGUAGUUUCCAUAGUGCUUUGUGGACACCAUGGAGGGAAAUAUAGGACAGGUAACACACUGGAGAGUGAUGUUCAUUUCAAAUAAGAAAGCAGUCAGUGUAGGACUGCAGCAAAGAAAUACAGCUUCCCGCGGGACUGGAGAUUUCCUUCUCUAGUGAUAUAUAUAUAAUUGGAUGAUUUUAUACAACGUGUGUCAAAAUGUCUGUAGAAAGCGAUCCUUAACAUUUGUUGACCUACAGUGGAUCUCAUACACAUACUUACAAAUGUUGACUAAAUUGGCAGGUUUAAAAUCAUGUGAACACUUUUUCCACCUUUUAUUGUGACAAAUCCUGUACAAUUUAAGCAAAAAACAAAUCUGUUGGGAAGGAAAAUGUAAAAAAUAAUAAAGCAUUACUGUGGACACUUUGAAACCAAUACUGUGUUAAAACCCCUUUUGAUUUAAAUCUAGCAUUCAGUGAUUUUAAGUUCAUUGCUGUCAUCCGUUUUAUUGCUUCUGAUUUGCAUCCUCUUGCUAAAGCCAUAGUUUGCAGAGAGGUUAGAAAGGAUUGAAGCGAUCUUAUUGUACAAAAGUAUUAGCAAGGAGUUGGGUACAGGAAGUUCAGAAUACUAUUAAUACAUCAUGACACAGUAAAGACAAUAAUUAGAAAACAAAUGGGGCAGUGAAAUUAGUAAAAAAAAUGUUUCUACAACACCAAGACAGAAUCUGACCAGAGAGGCUGCUAGGAGCUGCAGGACUUUCCAACAAGUAUUGGGUGUCUUCUACAUGUGACACCAGCCUGUCUGCAACAGGAAAAAUAAGUGAAUUCAUGUUCUAAAACUUUCUAAAUAAUAUUAUUUUAUUUCAAAGAAAACAUCCAGGCUGGGCUAAAAUCUCCCAGAAUCUUGUGUGAAGAUGUGUCAUGGUCUGAUGAAAUCAAAGUUCAACUUUAAAUCCAAAAUUUCAAAAGGUCAAUCUGGCACAAAAUGAAAAACUGAACAUUUAGAUGUCUGCUGCAAAGCUGAAAAUGAAGAGAGAUUCAUUUUUCAGCAUCUUGGGGACUCCAUGAUGUGUCCUACAUCCAUAUUAACAACUUUCUGAUUACCCAGCGGAAUAGUCAAAUCUUUGGAAUGGUCUAGUCAAAGUUCUGAACUCAAUCUAACAGAAACUAUGUGGAGUCAACAUAAUCUAAAGAAGACUGAGUGCUGAAACGGUCUUCAACUUAUGCAACCAAGUUGUUGCAGCAUUUAUUUUAAAUUUUCACUCUCCGCCUGUUUGUUUUUUUGCUAAACUGUACAGUUAGCCUAAAGGUGAUAAAAGUUUUGAAAUCAGUGAUCUUGGUCUCGUUUUUGGAAUCACAUAAUGCUGCUAUGUUAUCAGAGGUAUGGACACUAUUGAGAUCCACUGUAUGUACAAACUGUCAAAUAGCUUCGUCAUGAUUAACCUUAGCUGAAAAAUAAUUUUACUUUAAAUUAUUCAGUUUCAAUCUUCACUGUCGUAGCUAAAAUCUCAGUAGCUGUGGUCUUAUUAAGCACAGGUUGACUCUUUUUUAUUAUUGCUUUAGUUUGUGUGGACUAUGAACUGUUAUGAUCAGAAAUUUAGAAAACAGAGAAGGAGUAUGAUGUAAACCCUUUAUGAAAAGAAAUGUGUGGUUUUGUUUUUCAGACUAUCCUGUAAUGAAUUGCUGUAUUUUUCUUCCUGUCUGUUAUUUUGUGCUAUUUUGAUACAGGUGUUAAGUGUGACCCUGAUGGAAAUGUUCUCUUUAUUUUCAAUCUGCUAUUACACAUGUACUCCAUAACAGAUUUGAAGACUUUCUUUGGGAUAGUGAUGAAGGUCUUAAUUUUUUUCUGGUCUUUUUAAGGCCUUCUGUUGUGGUUAGGGAGGUCUUACCUGCGCUGUCAGUAUUUCAUAAUGUUGAUAAAAUACAACAUUAAAUAAGGAGUGAGACACAUUGAUGCCAUUUAAUGUUAGGUAAUUAUUGAUCUGGUUGAACAGUAUGUUCAGUGCUCUGAAUAACUGUGUAACAACCUAAAAAUCAACAUCUACAGAUUGAAGUCUAACCACAAGGUUAACACCGAGAGUUCACAGGUGAUCACAUUGUACCAAGGUAGGGAAACCGAUUACCAGCUGCACAAAUAUAAUAAAAUACAAUUUCUGUUUAUACCGUUCUUCUCUAUAUUUGUGUGCUAGUUAUGGGACAUCUUAAGAGGCAUCAAUUUGUGAAUAUUCACCUAAACAAUCUUUGACCAACUUUGAAGAAUCCAGUUUAUUUCACUGAAUAGUUUAGGCUGCAACUAAGACAAGCAUACUGCAAGCAGAAAUAUUAAUGGUAAAAGUGAUUAUAAUCCUAAUUUCAGUGAAGUUGUGAUGCUGCGUAAAAUGUAAGUAAAAAACAGAAUACAAUGAUUUGCAAAUCCUGUUCAACCUAUAUGUAAUUGAAUACACUACAAAGACAAGAUAUUAAAUGUUCAAACCAGGGCCGGUUCUAGGCAUGCAUAUAUGAAGGGGCAGGCAGAAAUGUGAAGGGGCUAUCAUUAUGGGUACACAUUAUGUGCAUGCGCAUGUUUAUUGUUGUUGUUGAUUAGUGUUUUCUUGGGGAUGAGGGUAAACUGCAUAGUACUGUGGAAUUUGCCAGACUGCACUGGUUUCCUUCUAGUUGGGCUUCUUUUGAACAUGUUGGGCUGGAAAAAGAUAGCUUUGGGUGGGUUGUUUGGGCUGCUUUUCACAACAUUUGGAAUGAUUUUUUUUAGUAAUUAUUUAUAUCAAAAUAGUUGUCAUUGGUGGCAGAAAUGUAAAAACCUGCACAUCUCAAGAUGUUGUGUCUUUUUACUCAUUUAUAGCUCAUUUAUAUUGAAAAAGAAUCUGUUGAACAUGACAUCAUCAAUCAGGGAUGGUCAUUGGUUGAUCAACUGUCACUGUGAAAUUAUAUUGGUCAAUUGUAAACGCCCAAAAAGCUGUUAAGAGUUAAUCUAAUAUAGCAUGAGGUGUUGCCUUUACUUUUUUAAGCUUUGACUUGAUGUUGAGAGACAGCAUUAUGCUUAAGAAGAAAAUACAAAAGAUACCCAGAAACUAAAACCAGACUGGAACAUGCACAUACAUUUUUGGAGGCAGCUGCUUGAGCCAAAAAAAGGGCAUCCAUUUUAAAAUGUAUGUAUAAAAUUAAAAUAAAAACCAUGUAUUUAUGCUUU